GAGCCCAAAUGUCUUCAAUGUUCCAUAAGGCCACGAACGUGCAACUUCUACCACUCACAAACGAAGGAGGAGAUGGCCAAUUAUCUCCAGCUGAGGCCACACCCAAGUGCUCCCCGCAUUUUGGCGGGCGUUCGUUCGCUCCCUCCUUCUUCAGCUCCGCUUCUUCCCACCUGUUGUGCUCUUGAUUCGACUCGCAACGCAUUCGCCAAGCGCAAGACCGCCUUCAGACCAGCCCGGCGCUUGGUCUUAGGCCUCGGAGCUUCGUUCUGGGCUCAGUCCAUGGCCACGUCCGGCGCAUUUGGCGGGAAAUCAUUCCUCGCCUCCGCCAGGCCUUCUUCGAGCGUCGAGCAGGUAUUGAAGAAUGUGGAAUGGCCAGAACAAUUUCCGUUCAAAGAGGAGGGUUUUCAGCGCUUUGAUGAAUCUUCAGAUUCUUCAUUCUAUGAGGCGCCUCGUUUUGUGACACAUAUAGAUGAUCCAGCCAUUGCUGCACUUACUAAGUUUUACUCAAGGGUCUUACCACCUAGCAACAGUCCUGGAGUCAGCAUCCUCGAUAUGUGUAGCAGUUGGAUAAGCCAUUAUCCAGCAGGAUACAAGCAAGAGAGGAUAGUAGGAAUGGGAAUGAAUGAGGAAGAGCUCAAGCGGAAUUCGGUCCUGACUGAAUACAUUGUCCAAGACUUGAAUGUGAAUCCUAAACUUCCAUUUGAAGAUAAUUCCUUCGACGUCAUCACCAAUGUGGUCAGUGUUGACUAUCUGACUAAGCCUCUCGAUGUUUUCAAGGAGAUGUCUCGGAUUCUUAAGCCGGGAGGCCAGGCGAUAAUGAGUUUCUCUAACCGUUGCUUUUGGACCAAAGCAAUCUCGAUAUGGACAUCAACAGGUGAUACAGAUCAUGUUAUGAUUGUUGGGUCAUACUUCCAUUAUGCAGGAGGAUUCGAGCCUCCUCAGGCUGUGGAUAUUUCUCCAAACCCCGGGCGGACAGAUCCGAUGUACAUCGUGCACUCGAGAAAGGCCUUGACCGCUUGAGAUUUGAGAGCGCGGAAGCGUCGCCCUUUCCAAGUAGGGAAAAGAAGUUAAGAUGGUCUUCAACCAACAUCUUCAGAUGCUCCUAUGCUAUGAUAAUGGCCGCUCAUUGUACUUCAGAACUCUUGUAUAACAGUUUGGGAGUGGUGGGUGCACCUAAAAUAGGUGAUUUUAGGGGCCAAUUCACUCUUGGCAUUUUUUUUAAAAUUAGUGAUUAUUAACUCUUGUUAUUCGAGUUAAUGCUAUCAGUCAAGAAUUUAAUCAA